AUGAGAGGCCAUCCUGAGGAUUUUGUGUUCCCCUUUAUCUAUGAGGUGCCUGUCACUGGGGCAUUGAGUGCUCACCAGCGUUCUCAGGGAGCCUGCUUCUCACCUGCUGCCACCACAGCCUCUCUACUGAGUCAAUCUGAUGAGAAUUUCAGAAGCCAAGAAGAGGGGGGCCCCAGCAUCUCCGAGGCUCCACCAGAUCCCCAGUUCUUGCUCAGUCAUGAGCUAAACAAGAAGGUGACUGAACUGGUGCAGUGCCUGUGUGUCAGAUAUGUAACAAAGGAACCCACCCCCAGAGCAGAAAUGCUGAGGAGUGUCAUCAGAGAGCACAAGGACAACUUCCCUGUGAUCUUCAGCGAAGUCUAUCAGUGCGUGGAGGUUGUCUCUGGCACUGAAGUGAAAGAAGUAGACCCCACCAGCCACUCCUAUGACCUUGUCAAAUCACACAACCUCAGCUAUAACAAGAGGCUGAGUGAUGACCAGGGCAUGCCCAAGACCAGUCUCCUGAUACUUAUCCUGGGUAUGACCUUCAUGGAGGGGAACUGUGCCCCUGGGGAGAAAAUCUGGGAAGUGUUGAAUAUGAUGGGGCUGUAUGCUGGGCAGGAGGAUCCCAUCUAUGGGGAACCCAGUAAACUCAUCAAUAAUGACCUGAUGAAGGAACAAUAUCUAGAUUAUCGGCAGGUGUCUUGA